AUGGCGCGCACAAAGCAGACGGCGCGUAAGUCGACGGGCGGGAAGGCGCCCCGCAAGCAGCUGGCCACCAAGGCUGCCCGCAAGAGCGCGCCGGCCACGGGCGGCGUCAAGAAGCCGCACCGCUACCGGCCCGGCACGGUGGCGCUGCGCGAGAUCCGGCGCUACCAGAAGUCCACGGAGCUGCUGAUCCGCAAGCUGCCCUUCCAGCGCCUGGUGCGCGAGAUCGCGCAGGACUUCAAGACCGACCUGCGCUUCCAGAGCUCGGCCGUCAUGGCGCUGCAGGAGGCCAGCGAGGCCUACCUGGUGGGGCUCUUCGAGGACACCAACCUGUGCGCCAUCCACGCCAAGCGCGUCACCAUCAUGCCCAAGGACAUCCAGCUGGCCCGCCGCAUCCGCGGCGAGCGCGCCUGAGUGUCCUGCCCUUCUACUUCAAAGCGAAAGGCUCUUUUAAGAGCCACCACAAAUCCACCGGAGAGAGCUGUUGUCGCUGUGUUACAGAGCAGGCUAUAUAGGCAGCCCGUGUAAACCCUUUCCAGUGGCCAUCCAGGGAUAAGUGGGGGGAGUUGGGAUUUGCCGUUCCUUUGCAAUCUACCCCAUGUGUGUAGGUCAUUCUGAGGUUCCCGGUCUAAAGCUGCCGGCGCUGGGAGGGCGCAAGGGGCAGUGGUGGGGCAGUGGUGGGUGAAGGCGAGAGCGGUGCCUAGAGAACAGGCAGCCUGAGGCGCUGGACGGGGCGGGCGGCAGGGAGGGCUUAGAGCACAGGGAUCGCAGCGUCUCUGCUGUGCAGUCUGUAGGGCGCUACCGGGUGCUCUUGGCUGUUCCUUCUUCCCGCUCUGUCCCGCCCACAGAAUGGCAGGGAGCAGAGCGCCGCCAUUUCGGGAGCUUCUUCCCCUUCCAGGCUGUGGCGGUAAAACCGGUGCUGCGAGAGCGGCUACGGCAACCGCGGUCACGCACGACACUUUUCCCCACGUUUUUCUCGCCCGUGUCCCUUCCAUUGCUCUUUCUAAAGAGGGCCUGGGUUGAAAGCGGAUGCUUCAUGGGGAGCAGUGGGGGAGUAAAGGACGCAAGUUGCAGCGCGUGUUUCCCUAUAGAACAAGGAGCCCCCGUGGAAAGCGCUAUAGCCGCUACCCAAGCUUCGUUCCCCGCGUAUAUAUCGUAUCUUUUCGCCUACUCAAGUGAGAAACUUAGCUGUUGGGAACAAAGGAAAGGGGUAUGCGGGUAUGAGCUCCCCAGAAACCAGCU